ACAACUUGUUUAGACGAAAUUAGUUAGUGAUCAAAGUCCAGUUGUUAAAGUAUAUUGUAAGAGGAAAAGAAAGCCAGAAAAGUUGAAAAAAUGUUGAAGAUCGGACAAAAAAUUAUACAAACUCCCAAAUCAAAUAAUUUGGUGAGAUUUUAUGCAUCUGCAGUACCAAAGACCAAUGUCAAGCAUGAAACAAAACAAGAACCAAAAACGAAUAACUCAUUUAUGGCCAACAUUUUUCGUGGAAAUCUAGUAUCGACACAGGUAUUUCCUUAUCCCGAUGUGAUGUCACAAGAUGAUAAAGAACUAAUUAGCAGUUUGAUUGAUCCCAUGGAAACAUUCUUUGCCGAAGUGAAUAAUGCUGCCAAAAACGAUGAAAAUUCCAAAAUCGAUGAUCAUACACUCGAUCAAUUGUGGGAAUUGGGAGCUUUCUCAAUGCAGGUGCCAAAUGAAUUUGGUGGUUUGGGUUUAAAUAAUACACAGUAUGGUAGACUGUGCCAAAUUGUUGGUGCUAAUGAUUUGGGUUUGGGCAUUACAAUUGGUGCUCAUCAAAGUAUUGGUUUCAAGGGCAUUUUAUUGUAUGGCACACCAGCACAAAAAGCCAAAUAUUUGCCACAAGUGUCUACCGGAAAAGUAUAUGCUGCUUUUGCCUUAACAGAGCCCAGUGCCGGUUCAGAUGCUGGUUCCAUUAAGUGCAAAGCUGUAAAGUCCAGCGAUGGCAAACAUUACAUAUUGAAUGGUUCUAAAAUAUGGAUUUCUAAUGGUGGUAUUGCUGAUAUCAUGACAGUGUUUGCCCAAACUGAGAUAACCGAUGAAGUUACCGGCGAAAAGAAAGACAAAGUUACUGCCUUUAUUGUGGAAAGAGGUUUUGGUGGUGUCACCAAUGGAGCACCCGAAAAGAAAAUGGGCAUUAAAUGCUCCAACACAGCUGAAGUAUAUUUCGAAGACGUUAAGAUACCCAUUGAAAAUGUUUUGGGACAAGAAGGCGAAGGCUUUAAAGUGGCCAUGAACAUUUUGAAUAAUGGUAGAUUUGGCAUGGGCGCUACACUAGCUGGCACCAUGCAAUAUUGUAUUGAAAAGGCUGUCGAUCAUGUUAACAAUCGUGUACAGUUUGGCAAAAAACUUAAGGAAUAUUCGGCUAUACAAGAGAAAAUUGCCCAAAUGAAUAUGAUCCAAUAUGCCACUGAAUCCAUGGCAUUCCAAAUAUCACAAAACAUGGAUGCCGGCAGCCAAGAUUAUCAUUUAGAAGCGGCUAUUUCAAAAGUUUUCGCCUCUGAGGCAGCUUGGUAUGUGUGUGAUGAGUCCAUACAGAUUUUGGGCGGCAUGGGUUUCAUGAAGGAAACUGGCUUGGAAAGAGUAAUGCGUGAUUUGCGUAUAUUCAGAAUUUUCGAGGGUACCAAUGACAUUUUAAGAUUGUUUGUGGCUUUGACUGGCAUACAAUACGCUGGCUCUCAUUUGAAGGAAUUGCAAAAGGCCUUCAAAAAUCCCGCAGCUAAUUUAGGUUUAAUAUUCAAGGAAGCUUCUCGUCGUGCUGCCAGCACUGUUGGCAUUGGCGGCACCGACUUAUCACCCUAUGUAGUGACAGAUUUACAGUCACAUGGCAAAGCUGCAGCAGAAUGUAUAGACAUGUUUGGCCAAACUGUGGAAUCACUUCUAUUGAAGUAUGGCAAAAAUAUUGUGCACCAACAAAAUGUUCUCAACAGAUUAGCCGAUGCUGCCAUUGAUAUCUACUCGAUGGUGGUGGUAUUAUCACGUUCCAGCCGAGCAGUUAAGCAACAAUUACCCACCGCUGAACAUGAAUUGAAUAUGGCCAAGGCUUGGUGUUAUCAGGCCAACGAAAAUGCCCGCUCGAAUUUGCGCAAAGCUACCUCAAGUCAACAACUGGGACAUUAUAAGGAAAUGUCUGCCAUUGCUGAAAAUAUCAUACAGAAUGGUGGCGUCAAUACGACACAUGUUAUAGAAUAAACGAAAUAGUAUUAGUAUUAUCUAUGUUUACAAUCAGGAACUAAUAAAUGUUAAAUAUUUUUAUAAUUAAAUAGAAUCGAAACGAAAUAAUAAAUAAAUAAUUAAAGUGAUAUUAGUGAAUAUGAAAAAA